UAACUUGAUUCAUGUGUCCCAGUCAGAGGCAAUAAAAGCACCCAUAGUGUCAGUCUCAAGCAUUCAGUCAUGAUGGCGUUCUUCUGGCAAGGUACUCUGCUCUUGAGCUUGGUAGCUGCCGUUUCAGUUUAUGCAGACAUGAAACUGGACUGUGGGCCUGACUUUGUGACGCUGGUGUGGACAGAGACCAGAUCCCAGGCGGACAUGUCACUCUUCCGUCUUGGCUCCUGUUUUCCCACUAGCUUCACAGCCAGGGAGGCUGUUUUCAGUGUGGACCUCAAUGAUUGUAACUUCAGGAAAAUGGUCACUGGGGAUCAGCUGAUUUACACCAAUGAUCUGACCUACAUUUCUUCUCCUGAUUCUCGCAUCUCCCCCUUCAAUCACCCAGUUCUCUGUGCAUAUGAGAGGCCAAAAGACUGGUACCCACUCAUCUAUGAUCCUGUGUUUAAUACAUAUGGCCAAGGAGAUCUAGUGUUCCACACUGGAAUUAUGAAUGAUGACUUCUCAGGCCCUGCUGAAUCUACUAGUUUUCCACUAGGCGCCUUUAUCCCAAUCAUGGCCAGUGUUGAGCAGAGGACCCAUCAGCCCUUGCUGCUGCUUCUUGAGGAAUGUGUAGCUGCUGCCACACCAGAGCUGCAACCUGAAACCCAAUUAUACCAAAUAAUCACAAAUAAGGGAUGUCUUGUGGACAGUAAGACAUCCAACUCAAAAUUUCAACCAAGGCAAAAAUCAUCCGAGAUCCACCUAUCUCUUCAAGCCUUUAGGUUUUCUCUUGGAAAAGAGGUGUUUAUCCACUGCAAACUUGUGGCUUGGGAUCCCAUUGGUCUUGACAACACAAAGAAGGCCUGCCACUAUGUCAAAGAUCAUGGUUGGGAGCUUCUGGAUAACCCUGCAUAUAGCAAUCUAUGUGACUGCUGUGAGACAACCUGCAAGUCCAGGAGGAUGAGGAGUACAGCAUCAGGGAAAGUCAGGAUGGUACAAAAAUCAGUCCUUGGGCCACUUAUUAUCACUAAUGGAAAUUCCUGAAGCAUCAAAAAAAUGGCUCCAUUUUUAUGGACUGGCUCCUUCAAUCUGAAUUGGGUUUUAUUCUUGGUUUUGCAAGCUUCUAAAAGCUUGGUGCCUGUUUUGGACUUCAGAUCUGUGGCCAUUAAAGAUGAAUCCAAACCAUGUAA